CACCCUGCAACUGCCAACCACAAGCCAAAGACGACAAGCAAGCAAGCAAGAAGCAAGCAAGCAGCAAGAGAGGAAGGAGAGGAAGAUGGACCAGCAGGGGUUUUAUGUUGACAGCAGUCAACAACAGCAACAGCAUGGCGGCUUUCAGCAGGCACCCAUGCAACAGCCUUUUCCACAGCAACAACAACAGCAACACAUGCAGCCACCACCCAUGGCACCGCCAGGGUCUGCACAGCCACAACCCCCGCCCAUCACCAACCCCUUUGAUCCAUCCUCGCUCCAAGGCCCUCUCAUGACCAGCGCCGUCUCCUACGCUGCUCAACAGCAUCUGGGUAACGUCUCACAGCGCGUGCAAGGCAUGGUGAACGUGAACCAGCUCAAAUACUACUUUGAUGUUGACAACAAAUAUGUGGCCCUCAAAUUGCAGCUACUGCUCUUCCCGUACCUUCAGAAGAGCUGGGAGCGGGGCAUCAAGGACGACAAGGCGAUGACGCCACGAGAGGACAAGCGGUCACCCGACCUGUACAUCCCGUCCAUGGCGCUGGUGACAUACAUCCUGCUCGUCAGCUGGGUGCAGGGCGCAACCGGCAAUUUCAACGCCGAGCAGCUCAGCCUCCUCUGCAGCUCCACCAUCGGCCUCCUCGUCUUCGAGAACCUUGCUGCGAAACUUGCAUCGUUUGUCUUGGGGGUCCAAGCUCCCUUGUAUGACAUCAUGGCGUUUACCUCCUACAAGUUUGUCAGCGUGAUUGUUGCGAUUUUGGCCACGGUCAUCUCGCGAUCGGCGACGGUGUACUAUCUCGCGUGCGGAUGGGUUGCUGCUGCUCUCUUCUACUUCACGUUCCGUUCGCUCGCAGCAUCAACCGCCUCAAAAAAGGGGUCUGUGUUUGCUGUCGGUGUCGCCGGUGUGCAGGUGCUGCUCGCGUUUCUCCUCUCCACGUCCGGUCUCGCCAUCAUCCCAACAGAGGUCGACGCCACAGAAGCAGCGUAAACACCACGCCAUGUCUGUGUGUCUGACUGUCUGUCUCUUUCUCUGUCUGUGUACCUGUCUGCCCGUCCGUGUGGCGGCGUGAAGGGGCCUUGAGUUGUUACUUGCUAGCAUGCGCGUGCGGAUGUGUGCGCGUGUGUGUGUUGGACCCCGCUUGCUUGUACAAACAUCAUACAACCAAUGCUGCAAGCGACACAGCACGACUUGGGU